AUGUGGCGUCAAACCGGGGAACAGACUUAUGUUGACGUGAAAACCACUUCUGGUGUAGUGAGGGGUCAGACAAUACAGGUAUUGAACACAACUCUUAAUGUGUUUAUAGGUAUACCUUAUGCCGAACCCCCGGUCGGAAAGCUUAGGUUUGCUAAACCAGAACCUAUUAAAACACCCAUAAAAGAUAUAAUAGAUGCGACUAAACCUAAGGAUUCAUGCACUCAGAAUCCAAUGCAGUUUUUCCCAAACUUGACAUUUAGUGAAAACUGUUUAUAUGUAAGCAUAUGGACAACAAAUGUUGAAACCAAUAACCCAUCGAAAGAUGUAAAACUAAAACCAGUUAUGUUUUACAUACACGGAGGAGGUUUGAGUGGGGGCUCAGUAUUUAGUCAAGACAUAAGUGUGUUGGCCACCAAAGAUGUGGUGUUUGCCUCAACCAGCUAUAGAUUGGGUCAAUUAGGCUUUCUAUAUGGGGAUCGGGAGGACGCGCCCGGAAAUGUCGGUUUUUACGACCAGUUAUUGGCACUGAAUUGGGUCAGAGAUAACAUUCAUGUCUUUGGUGGGGAUAGGGAUCAGAUCACUAUAUUUGGUGGAAGUGCUGAGUUCAAUAAAUACUCAAAAGCGAUGACAUAUCCGGUGUUGGGGACAGACUUUCUUCCGAUUUCUGCACAAAAAGCGUUUCACGAAAAUAAAUUCAAUUCAGAUGUUGACAUAAUAGCCGGUAUCGCCACCAACGAAGGCUCAUCAUUUGGUAUAUUCUUUGGAGUCAUGCCCUUUGGGAACACCACUUUGGAUGAUAUUAAAAAGGCUAUCAAUACAGUCAAUGCUGAUUACCAUAAUCUCGAUGUUAAUAAACUGGAUGAGUUUUAUUUGAAAAAUAUUGAUACAACAAAUUCAUUGGCGUUGAGGGAAGCCUUUUAUGAAUUACUCGGCGAUUUAAUAAUGAAAUGUCCCACAUACUAUUUUGCCAAACAAUUUGCUACAAGUGUUCAAAAUAGGAAAAAUAUUUAUUUCUACCAGGUCACAUACAUGAGCAAACCAUAUGCUAAGCAAUCAUACUGCGAUAUGCCGGGGAUGGGUAUAUGUCACUGCGCUGAGACUGAUUUUGUAUUUGGACAGCCAUUCAUAACACCCGAUAUUUAUACUGAAGUGGACAGACAGUUUAGUUUGGAUGUCAUGAAUAUGUGGACUAAUUUUGCCAAAUAUGGGUACAUUAUUUGA